AUGUCACCGCCUCUUUUCAGAGCUGCAUCAAGUGAACCGCCGGCUGGGUCGAUAUCGACCUUUACCGCUGAUGGACGUCAGCCUGGCGAUCAGAUCGACCGAGCUGCAGAGGAUGACGCCGGAUCGGCAAAACCUGAGCUCAAGAGGCCACGACAGAAUCAGCUGGGCCUGUCUUCAGAGGAUGCAAUAGUGCUUCCAGACACUCCUCGCAAGCUCAAGCGAAAGCAUGUCUCCGCGAACCCUGGCUGCAUUCCUUCGGACCGGCAUGUCAUCGUGCUCGACGAUACGCCAGAAAAGCCAAGGCACAGAGCGAGGCAGUCUGCGGCCAUGACCGCAGCGACCAGACAUAGCUCUGCAAAGGACCUGCCUUGGACAUCAAAGUUGAUCGGCACCUUUGUCGUCAUGGGUUGGGCCACCAUCAGCGGCAAGUACCUCAAAGCUGGCCAGACUGUCAGUCUUGAGCGACCCAUGAUCAAGUCUAAGGAUCCAAAAAAGGUCAGCAAGGCCGCCGAAAAUACAAUCGUUCGCUUCCGCAAUCAGAAGGGCUUUGAGGUCGGACGCGUGCAAUCUCAGACUUCGGAUUGGCUCGCUAAGCUUCUCGAUCUCGAAGUCGUUGCCGAUAUCACCGGCAAAGUGACAGACUGCCCCUUUCCACUUUCGACAGGCUGCGACAUCAUUCUCACGCUCUCUGUGUACAUCAAGCGUGACGCCUUUGCUGCCUUUGGACCCACCUCUGUCGCGCCUCCUGACAGCCAGAUCAAGGGUAAAGCAACUUACCAAGAAGACGCGAGAGAGACAGAAGAGGAACGCCGUUUGCGUGAGCGCAAGGCAUCCCUCAACAAGCUCUUUGAUGCCGUUUCGCUGCGACCGAUCUCAAAUACCGCAAUAGGGAGCAAACGUACCGCGACUGAGCCUGACAGCGAAAGCUAUCGAUCCAACAAGGGGAAAGCCAAAGCGACGAAAGACAUUGGCCCAGAUUCUGAUGACGAAGAAGGCCAAAAGUUGUCCGAAGCACAGCUAAACCUGGUCUACAGAAAGGCGACCAAAAAUGAUGCCUUUUUGCCUGAAGCCGAGCCUCCGACGACGUUUGCGCUCGAGUUGAGGUCGUACCAAAAGCAGGCGCUCAACUGGAUGUCCAAUAUGGAGGGCGGUGUCAAGGAAGCCCGUGAGCGCGAGGCUAUGCAUCCGCUCUGGGAAGAAUACAAUUUCCCAGACGAGUUUGAACAAGAGAUACUUGAAGAUGUUCCCUUCUGGUACAAUCCUUUCUCAGGCGAGCUCAGUCUAGACUUUCCGCAAGCCUCGCGCAAAUGCCGUGGCGGUAUUCUGGCAGACGAGAUGGGACUCGGCAAGACUAUCAUGUGUGCCGCACUCAUACAUGCCAACAGACCGGCUCGUAACGUCAACCUGGGCGACGUGGCUGAAUCGUCGGGCUCCAGCGGUGGAGAAUCUGACGAUCCAAUGAGUGACGAGCAGUUCUAUCACUCGCCCACGAAAGCGAAGAAAACUGCGUUUGACAGAAUCUCCACUGAGCACGUCAAAGGCCCUUGCACUGGUACAUUAGUCGUUGCGCCGGUCUCGCUGGUCGGACAAUGGCGCGACGAGAUUCUGCGAAGCAGUCGCGACAGAAUGCGAGUUCAUGUCUAUCACGGUGUCGGCAGGUCCAACAUUGGCGAGCUUCUCGACGAGGGCAUCGAGGUCAUCAUUACGUCUUAUGGCACGAUGGUCAGCGAUUGCAAAGAGCGGCUCGAAGCAGAAGCCAACGCACGCACACACAGCAAACGGCGACCCAAGGUCUCACAAAUGGGCCUAUAUAGUGUCGAAUGGUAUCGCGUCAUCCUCGAUGAGGCGCACAAUAUCAAAUCACGCCUGACACAGAGCGCAAAGGCCGCUUAUGCGUUGCGGGCUCGUCGUAGGUGGUGCCUCACAGGAACGCCGAUCAUGAACCGACUUGAAGAUCUCUAUUCGCUGCUACGCUUCAUUAGGCUCGAGCCAUGGGGUAAUCUCUCGUUCUUUCGAUCAUUUGUCACGUUGCCGUUCGAGCAGAAAGAUCCCAAAGCCAUCCAGGUCGUUCAGUAUAUCCUGGAAAGUGUCCUGCUACGAAGAGAGAAGAGCAUGAAAGAUAAGCACGGUGCACCAAUUGUCUCUCUGCCAGCGAAGCAUGUCACGAUAGAGUACCUUGAUCUUUCAGAGGCCGAGCAAAAGGUCUACGAUGCAGUUUACCGCAAUGCACGAUCAAAGUUCCUUGGGUACAGUGCGUCGGGAACAGUUUCCAAGAAUGUCACGGCUAUCCUCGCGGUGAUCACACGACUGCGACAGGCUGUCCUGCACCCGAUUCUGCUGCUUAAAAACAUGUCUACCGACGAUGUGACAACUCAGGCGCAGAAAGAAGAGGAGCGGACAAUACGCGAACAGAUCACGACUUUCGCUUCUGGCGAGUCUAGGGAUGGAGAGUCCUUCAAGAGCAUCGAAGGACGCAUCGCACCAAACUCCUCGCAAAACGAGCCAGAAUGUCCCAUCUGUUCGGAAACGCUGAGCAGACCGGUAAAGCUGCCCUGCAGCCACAAGAUUUGCUACGACUGCGUAAUGACCUUCCUGCAAGAGGCCCAAGCGGACGGCAAAGAGGGCAACUGUCCGGUCUGCGAUCGAGGACCGAUCACAGAGGACGAUCUGCCUGACCCUGAUUCGCUCCCACGGGAGGAGUCUAAUGACUUCUACCAGCGAAACAAUUUUGCGAAUUCGACGAAGAUCAAGGCUCUACUCAGACAUCUCAACGCUGCGCGUGAUGGAGGCGGACCUGUCCAUGCCGUCGUGUUCUCUCAAUUCACGACGUUCCUAAACUUGUUGCAGACAGCUAUCGCACGUGAAAAGUUCAGGCACGUCCGUCUAGAUGGUUCCCUCACGCAAAAGCAACGGCAGAGCGUCCUGGCCGAGUUCAAUGAAAGCAAAGGCACCUGCAUCUUUCUCAUCUCACUCAAAGCUGGCGGCACAGGUCUGAAUCUGACCAAAGCCAAUAUGGCAUUCGCGUGCGAUAUCUGGUGGAACUUUGCCGCGGAAAGUCAGGCAUUUGAUCGCGUACAUCGCAUCGGUCAAAUCCGAGAGACGCACAUCUACCGACUAAUUGUACGCAACUCGAUCGAGGAGAAGAUGCUCGCGUUGCAAGAUCGCAAGACUGCCAUUGCAAACGCGUCCGUCGGUGGACGUACGGGCAAGAGUGGCAUCGAAGAGAACUUUGCGCUCAUUUUUGAUGUCUAAGCAUGCACUGCGCUCUUAUCCGGCAUGUUAAAAAGCGAAUGCCCCAAUGUCAAAGUCCGGCACAGCUUGCACAACCUUGCGCGGCGCUUGGACUGCAGGCUUCGACUGCGCAGCAAGAGCGGCUGGCAGCUCCGUAUCGGAAUGCGGCGACUUGAUUGCAGGCCUUUGAUCGACUGAUCGAGGUGCCAUUGUUGAUUUUCUGACGAAUGGCCAGUGCACUGCCAUGUCGAGCGCCAGUAGAUGACACCC